UCGGUCCACAUCAUUUUGCUUUCAUGACAAGACCGGCCAUUUAGUGAUGACCAAUGUUUUACACCAAUUAUUGGGAAAACGAAAACGAAAUUAAUCCUUAAAAAAAAGAAGACGAAGAAGAAACAAACAAAGCUUUAAAUAUGAAAAAGAUGCACGCAGACAUAUAAAAGACCACUCAAGAGAAGAAGAAGAAGACGAGUCACCGUGAUCACUACCACCGCACCGUCCGAUCAAAACCAAACCAUGUCAGCGGCUCUGAUCGACUCUCUCACUUACUACCUCUCCGAGCAUCCAUACAUCGUCGGGUUCCGUUGGAGCAACAGCCAAUCAUGGGGCUCCACGUGGUCUUUUCUCUUCACCUCAAUAUCACUCUACAUCGCCGUCUCCUCCUCCCUCCACAUCCUCCUCUCCGCCGUACUCCGCCGUAACCGCUCCGUUCCUCUAGGCCACAUCCCCGAACUCCACAGCCUUCUCAUGUCAAUUCUCUCCGCAACUAUUUUCGCCGGGAUUCUCCUCUCCACCGCCGCAGAGAUCCGUGACACACGGUGGUUCUGGCGGCGGAGCAAAACCGCUACUCCUCUCCAGUGGCUUCUCUGUUUCCCUCUCGGGACUCGUCCCUCUGGUCGUGUCUUCUUUUGGUCAUACGCGUUUUACCUCACACGUUUCCUCCACAUGUUCCGCACGAUCUUCUCCGUUCUUCGUCGCCGGAGACUCGCCGUGUCUCAGCUCUUCUGCAAUGCCGUCAUGGCCUUCACGUCGUUCCUCUGGCUCGAGUUCUCGCAGUCGUACCAGAUUUUAGCAAUUCUAUCGACGACGCUGGUUUACUCGGUGGUUUACGGGUACAGAUUCUGGACCGGGUUUGGUUUACCCGGUUCGGCUUUCCCUUCGUUUGUGGUGAACUGUCAGUUGGUUCUCGUGGGGUGCAAUCUCGUGUCUCACGCCGGGGUUCUUACGAUGCACCUCUUUAAAGGUGGAUGCAAUGGGAUUGGCGCGUGGGGUUUAAACUCGGUUCUCAACGGUGCGAUUUUGUUGCUUUUUCUUAAAUUUUAUGUGAGAAUGCAUUCGCCGAUGCGACGUCGUGUCAACAACACUUCGCCGGAGCGGCCAACGUAACGGAAAAGAAUCUCAUGGGUUUAGUUUAAUCCUUUACAGUUUACAUACUCUGCAAAGCAAAGCAAAUCUAAUCUUUUUUUUUUUCACAUAGAAAAUUAUUUCCUUUUCCUUACUCUAGUUUUGGGUGUUAUUAUUUGUGACUAGUUUAGUAGUGUUAAUUGCUAUAAGCCAGCUUUUUUAACUAGUGUGAUGCAAGAGCUUAGAUUAUUAGGCCAUGAGAAGGUUUAGUAGGUGGCUGAGGAGGAUCAAAAGCUUUCAUAAUAAGGCCCAGAUGUGUCAUACCAAAAAAAACAAAAGGCCCAGAUGUGUGUUGAUUCCAUAGUAAAAGAGCUUACAUAGUAAAAGGCCCAGAUCUGUAAAUUUGAC